GGCGAGGGGCGCGGUCUGGACAACUGCGCCCGGGCUGACAAGUCCGGCGGAGGCCGGCGGGCCGGGAGGCUGGGGCGCGGGGCCGAGAGGCCGAGCGGCCUGGCGGCGGGACCAGGUGGCCGGGAGGGGAGCGAGGCCACUCGAAGCCGCUUUGCGCCCACCAGCCCCGUGAGGACUCGGGAGCCGCCGCGGGAUGGACGAGGAGAGCCUGCAGAGCGCGCUCCGCACCUACGGCGCGCAGCUGCAGCAGGUGGAGCUGGCCCUGGGAGCCGGGCUGGACCCCGCCGAGCUGGCCGACCUGCGCCAGCUCCAGGGGGACCUGAAGGAGCUAAUUGAGCUCACCGAGGCCAGCCUGGUGUCCGUCCGGAAGAGCAAGCUGCUGGCCACCCUGGACGCAGAGCGCGCGGCGCAGGACGACGCGGAGUACCUGGCUUUCCCGGAGGCCAUUGCCGAGGCGGUGGAGGUGCCAGGAGCCCCCACGGCGGAACCCGACACUGCUGCUGAGGCAGAGGACGGGCCCGCGCCCAGCCAGUCUGGGCGGGAGGACGAAGGGGAGGAUUCCGAGGAUGACGGAGGGCUGAGCGGAAGCAAGGUGAACGCCCCCUACUACAGCUCCUGGGGCACUCUGGAGUACCACAACGCCAUGGUGGUGGGCACAGAAGAGGCGGAGGACGGCUCGGCGUGCGUGCGCGUGCUCUACCUCUACCCCACGCACAAGUCCCUGAAGCCCUGUCCGUUCUUCCUGGAAGGCAAGUGCCGCUUCCAGGACAACUGCAGGUUCUCCCACGGGCAGGUGGUCUCUGUGGACGAGCUGCGCCCCUUCCGGGACCCCGACCUGAGCUCCCUGCAGGUCGGCUCAGCCUGCCUGGCCAAGCAGCAGGAUGGCCUCUGGUACCCGGCGCGCAUCACCGAUGUGGACGGUGGCUACUACACGGUCAAGUUUGACUCCCUGCUGCUGAAGGAGGCGGUCCUGGAGGGGGACAGCAUCCUGCCCCCGCUGCGCCCGGAGCCCACGGGGGCCUCUGACUCCGACAGCAGCGACGCGGAGGACCCCAGCUACGCCCGAGUGGUGGAGCCCAGCGCCGCCGCCGGCGGGACCUGCAGCUCCGACUUCGCAGGCUGGGAGGUGCACACUCGGGGCAUGGGCUCCAGGCUCCUCGCCAAGAUGGGCUACGAGUUCGGCAAGGGUCUGGGCCGGCACUCGGACGGCCGGGUGGAGCCCGUCCACGCCGUGCUGCUGCCCCGAGGGAAGUCGCUGGACCAGUGCGCGGAGAUCCUGCAGCGGAGGCGGCCCCGGGGCGGCCAGGCCGGCCCCAGCAGGCCCCCGAGGUGCCGCGGCAGAGGGGGCGGGGCGGGGGGCCGCCCUCCCCCUCGUAACGUGUUUGACUUUCUCAACGAGAAGCUGAAGGGACAGGCUUCUGGGGCCCUGGACGCGGGGGCAGCCCCCGCAGGGAGCAGGAGCAGCAAGGAGCUGUACCACGCCAGCAAGAGCGCCAAGCGGGCCCUGAGCCUGCGGCUCUUCCAGACCGAGGAGAAGAUCGAGCAGGCCCAGCGGGACAUCCGGGGCAUCCAGGAGGCCCUCGCCCGCAACGCCGGCCGGCACAACGUGACGGUGGCCCAGCUGCAGGAGAAGCUGGCGGGAGCCCAGCGGCAGCUGGGGCAGCUGCGGGCCCAGGAGGCGGGCCUGCAGCGGGAGCAGAGGAAGGCGGACACCCACAAGAAGAUGACCGAGUUCUAGAGGCCCCGCGCACCACGGACGGGGUCCCACGGACAGACGCCACCGGAGGAGGGGCCGCCCGGUGCCAGGCGAGACACGCAGCUGGCCUGGGUGUGGGACUGCGGAGUGGAGACGGGGCGCGGGGGCACACCUGGACGCGCAGGUGCCCACGGAGCCCGCCUGCGGGCCCCUGCUUACCGAGAACAUUAAAGUGGCUUGUCACAGCGCCUCCU